AUGGAGGUUCGGAAAUGUUUGAAAUCUCCUGAAACAUUGGAUGAUGUCGUGAAAGGUCUUCAUGUUCUUUUUGAGGACGACCAUGUGAAUGUUGAAGAGGUUAUUUCGUUUUUAUCAUCGUAUCGUUCAAACCCCGCGGAUUGGGCGAAGUACGCAAAUUAUGAUCCUCACAGGUGGGGCGAUGACAUUAUGUUGAUCAUUUGUGUGUUUAUUAAGUCUUAAUCGAAGUCUAUAAUCUAAAAGUGUUUUGAUGGUGUGAUUAAAAAAUUCUUCAGGUACACAAGGAACUUGGUAGACGAAGGAAAUGGCAAAUUUAACUUGAUCGUGUUGUGCUGGGGAGAAGGUCAAGGCAGGUUAGUCCAAUUACGAUUUACCUGCCAAAUGUAAGCUCAUCUUUUUUCAAGAAUCUUUGCCUUCGUUAAAAUGAUAGAAAUAUCAAAAACCGAGUGACCAAAUUGUUUAGGAAGUUGUGCGAUACACACUUAUUUGAGCUAUAAUUAUGUAAUAUGCAAAUUGCUACAAAUUAAUGACGCAACCGCGGAAUUCGAAGUUCCCGCUAAUUAGAACAGUUUGCCUCGGAAACUUUGCGCUUACGGAGAUAUUAUAAGCUUAAGUAUUUCACUUUUUAUUAGUUUAUCGUUUAGACAUUAGAUCCAAGUUUAUGGCCAAACCACAACAAUCUCUUGAUCACUAAUGAUUUUUCUUGUGCACAAGUGAACUGGGAAGUAAUAUUGUUUUGUUGAAGAGUCCUGUCCACUCAAGGGAGUCAGUAACGUAACCAGCAUUAAAGUCAAACCGGGAAAACCAUGAGCACCAGAAAUAAUUCUGGAAAGUCAUUUUGUUGCAAGAAAAAACCAAUCAGUGGUGAGAAAACUAAACCACAAGCAAGAAGUAAUUAAUGCAUGGUUUUGUUGCAAGCUCAUGUGUCCUUAUCUUUUAUCAUAACACAAUGAACAUUAUUUUCUGAAAUAUUUGGUAAGAUUUCUAUCUAACCCCAUACAUUUAUUAUGCAUGCAACAAUUUCAUACUUUUUCUCACAAAAAUAGUUAAUGUGGAUGGAUUCGAAACAUGCAAGGGUAAUAAAUGUAUGGGUUCACGGUUUUUGACGGUUUGACUGUGAGUUAUGGAAACAUUUUACUUGGGUUAGAGACUAAUGUGAGUGCUUAACCUGCACUUGCUGAAGUAUGAAUGGGUAAUAUCCGCUAUUGACCAAGUGUGUGGUCAAGAUGGAUAGAUAUUGGCCAAUGUGUUUGUCCUUCCUUAAAACUGCAAAAAAUAGAAGGAAGCCAAUAUCAGUAAAUUUGUUAAAAAUAAACAUGGUGAGACCUGAGACUCAUCUUGUGAUAAAUCAUGAGUCCCAGUCCAGAACCAAUGAGUUAAAAAAGUGCCUGAAAUCAAAAUGCUUGGGCCUUUAUGUAACCAGACAGUUAUAAUCUGAAGACAGACUUCAAAACUCAGUAUUACAGUGUACUGAAUAAAUUAAAAUAUAGUCCUUCUAUUUUAAAGCACAACAAAGACUAAAAGAAAUAUUCAUUGUUAAACAGUAUCCCUAAUAGUGGCCUCAGAACUUACACAAACAGGUCGGAUAUUUCUACAAAUGCAGAUAUUCAGAUCAAUUGAUUGAUCUUUGCGUCCUACGAGAUGCAUGUCAUGAAUAAAUUAUUUUGCAUCUUUGGGGAUUUUUAUGCAUCAGAGACACAAGACAAAGAGGCAGAGGUUUCAAUAAAUAUUGAAGUAGGCAGCAGGUUUGAAUAGAGUAACCGACUGUAUCAAAAAGGGGCUGUUGGACCCCGUUUAUUAAGGGGGGGGGGGGGGGGGNUUUGCGUCCUACGAGAUGCAUGUCAUGAAUAAAUUAUUUUGCAUCUUUGGGGAUUUUUAUGCAUCAGAGACACAAGACAAAGAGGCAGAGGUUUCAAUAAAUAUUGAAGUAGGCAGCAGGUUUGAAUAGAGUAACCGACUGUAUCAAAAAGGGGCUGUUGGACCCCGUUUAUUAAGGGGGGGGGGGGGUCUGGGUGCCUUCUGCCCCAGAAAAACUUUGAAAUUCCAAAGCCCUAAAAUGCGAUUUUCAGCAUUCUGGGGACUAAGUUUAAGGACAAAAGAGCGUGUUUUUCAUUCCUAGAGGCAAUGGACAAAUGAUGGAAAUUAAAUUAAGUACUUUUCCACGUAAACAAAUUCUGCGUAAACCUAUAAAGAAACUUGUGAAAAAAUGACUGAAUUAUAGCAUUCACGUGACUAAAGCAUAAUGUCACACCAGUGGGCCUUUCGGAAAACAAAUCAUGACUACGUUUUCAUUCAGAUUUUGAUAUAUUUUUGUUUACAACAUUAUUCAAACUAGUUGCUUCUUCUUUCCAGAAAAAAGUAGCCGACCUUAAUGUGUAAAGUCGCCGACUCGUUUCGUCGGCAGUGGUUGCUUAUUGAAACCCUAGAAGAGGUAACAAAAUCACUGCAAUAUAAAGAAUUUACAGCCACCUUGACAGAACAAGCUUGGUCAAUUAAGAAUUUACUAUUUCACAUUUAUCAGUAUCCUUUAAGACCAUAACAAGACAAUGGCAUUUGCUGUCAUGAAACAACAUUCACAGGGUCUGCUUUCCCUUGGCUAUUGCUGGAAUGGUUUUCUUACAUACUGUCUCAGAGCCUUUGCACUGAUUGCUGGUUUCUGCUAUCCAUUGUACUCUCACAUUUCAUUGGCUCAGACAAACUGUUCCAUUUGUCUUAAAUAGUCCAGUUUCAAUUUCAUCACGGCUGCUGAAUAGAAGCACUUAAGACCCAUUUAUACAGCGUUAGCCUCACCAUAAAGUAAAAUAUUCACAAAUUCCCAGCAAGGAGGUGCCUUAAUGUGAGUUUAAAAUGAUAUACACAGCUGUACGCAGGUCUUCUUCUGACUGGAAUUUGUGAAUAUAUUACCUUAGGUUGAUGCUAACCGUGUAUAAAUGAGUCUACAGUGCUUCUAUUCAGCAGCCACGACCAGUUUGAAACACUGGUAGGAGUCUCAACAAAAGCUCUGUCUGGUUCUCUCAGACAAGUAGAUUUUCUUGCUGGGCAGGUAUAUUUUUAAGCUCACAGGCAACAAGUAAUCUUUUAACUAAAGUAAUUAGCUAAGACAAGCAAGCAAUGGCCCUAGGCAAGCAAACUGUGAGGGCUGAUUGUCCAAAGAAAACGUUGGAAUUAAUUUUUUUUAAGCCCUUGCAUUUCAAAAGUAAUGUCUUAGGAAACUACCCAAAUUAUUGGACAGUUUUCCAAAAUGGAAGGGUAACCACUUUUAUUGGAUUAAUUAACGGACCAUCAUACAGGUUUUAGUCACCCAAAAAUAUGUUUCCUUUUUUUUUACAGCUCCAUUCAUGAUCAUUCUGAUGCUCACUGCUUUCUAAAAGUACUUGAUGGAAGACUCAAGGAAACUCAGUUUGCUUGGCCUUCAGAAUCUGAUCCUGAAAAACCUCUGGAACCAAUUGCAACAAGGUUUCAGGAGACAAACGAAGUUGCAUACAUUAAUGGUAUGAUAAAUUGUCAUUUGUGCACAAAACAACAGCAAGCUGACAAAAAUGUUAAAUCCCAUUGACACAUCAUAUCAUUUCUAGCAAAAAAAAGAGAAACUGUCUAAACUUUAUACCGUAAAUGCUCGAAUUAGUUCCCUCCUUCAAAAAGGUGAGGCUAACAAUUUUAGUUAAGCUCCCCUUCAAAUAUGCAUCCCCAACCCUCCCCUAACAGAGAUAAAAUAUUAUUACUGAGUGCAUUAUUAAAUUAGAAGGAGGUCAAUAUCUUGAACUCAAGAGGACAGGUUGUUAGAGGAAACAGGAUUUGGAGUGUGAGAUUAGGCCUAUGCGGUUACAGAAAUAAUAUUGUUAGCCCACUCCUCGGAAAACAAAAUGAAUGCCUCCUUUGGAUUAGUGUCCCUCUCUUGACUCAAAAAAUUAAAUGUGCCUACACACAAAUAUUAGUGUUUAGUGACUGUAAUAAUCAAAGUAACAAAUUGUUAGUAUAGGUAAUAGCAUGAUUUGUAGUGAUAUUUGCCAUAAAUACCACGAGUGAUAUUUCAAAAUUGUUAUACGUAUUUUCACUCGCCUAAUUUGAGACAAUAUUAUUUUGAAAUAUCUGCAUGAGUGGUAUUUAUGCCAAAUAUCACGUACAAAUCAUGCUAUUAUUUGUUUAUACUACUACCCGCAAAAGGUUUGUAAUUUUCACAUGUAGGUAUUAAUAGUUUUAUUCUUGUAGAUGUACCUGUAUGCAAACAAAUUAUUGGGAUACUUCUGCUUAUUUUUUGUUUUUUGCUGACAGACAGCAUAGGUCUUCAUCGUGUGGAGAAUGUUAGUCAUACAAACACAGCUGCGACCCUUCAUGUAUAUAUCCCAGCUUUUGACAUGUGUCAGUCUUUUGACCAGCGCACAGGUCAUAAACGCAAAUGUCAAGUGACGUUCUGGAGCAAGUAUGGUGUCAGAACACCUUAUGUAAGUUUCUCUAAGUCAGAUCUUGACUCUGGUCAGUUCUAA